AUGGCGGCUCCUGUUAAUCUGAAAGAUCUUACUAUUGAUAAUAUUACCGAGAAUGUUCACGCCAUCAAUUCUCAGUGCAGCAAUCUGCGCCUGAAGUACAUCCUUGAACGAGUGGUCACACAUUUGCAUGACUUGGCGAGAGAAACAAGACUCACUACAGACGAAUGGAUGACAGCUAUCCAAUUCCUGACACAAGUUGGUCAGAUCUGCACGGAUGUCCGACAAGAGUUCAUCUUAUUAUCUGAUAUCUUGGGCUUGUCUCUCCUAGUGGACUCAAUUGACCACCCGAAACCCAAAGGCAGCACUGAAGGAACCGUCUUGGGUCCAUUUCAUACCCACGAGGCGGAGCAUGUCAAAGAGGGAAGCCUGAUCUCCCAGGACUCAGAGGGCGAACCGCUUCUUGUUCUAUGUACACUCAAAGAUGUGAACGGAUCACCAAUCCCCGGAGCAAAGAUCGAUGUCUGGGAGACAGACUCUAAAGGGUUCUACGAUGUUCAGCACGCUGACCGGACUGGCCCGGAUGGAAGAGCUGUACUGACGAGUGACGAUAAUGGAGACUUCUGGUUCAAGGCUAUCGUACCUGUGCCAUAUCCUAUUCCUCAUGACGGACCCGUCGGAAAGUUGCUUAAAGUACUGGGCCGACAUUGCUACCGACCCAGUCACAUGCACUUCAUGUUCAAGAAAGACGGAUAUGAUCCUUUGAUUACCGCACUCUACCUCAAGGACGAUCCUUACGAAACUACCGAUGCCGUGUUUGGUGUCAAGGACUCGUUGAUCGUCAACAUUAAGAAGGUUGAAGACGAAGAAAUGGCGAAGAAGUAUGGUGUCAAAAUCGGUUCCGCCCUGAUGUCAUAUGACUUUGUUCUCGUCUCAGAUGAAGCGGCUGCGAAACUCAGGAGAGAGAAGGCUGAGGAGGCAAUGGCGAAAUUGGGACGGAAGUUCAGAUUCAUUGAUGACCUACCGGUUCCGGAUGUCGAUUAA